UGUUGCAAGAGGAUUAGGGGAAGUGAUUGCUGAAGUCAGAGAACAAAGCUUUGCAAGGUCAGCUCCAGGAACAGUUAGUGAUCAAAACCUGAGUGUAUGUAGCUCAAAGCAACCACAAACACCACCUUCCACUCUAAAUGUGUCUGGCUUGUUUCUGAAGCACUGAGAUGAUCCUGCUGGGAUACAGUGUUCUGCUCCUGUUCUGGACAUGUUGUUCUGCCCAAAAUGAGUGUAAAACCCCACCUCCUAGAAGAAGAAAAGAAGUACUCACAGAAACAUGGAAUAAGGCAUCUUACCCACAUGGUACUCGAGCAACUUAUGUGUGUCGACCUGGGUAUAUAAAACUUGGGCGUGUUAUAUUCCAGUGUAAUAACGGAAUAUGGGAACAUGCCCCGCCAUAUACAGAAUGCCAAAACAAGCCCUGUGGCCAUCCUGGAGAUAUUCCGUUUGGCUCCUUUGACCUUACAGAAGGAAAUGAAUUUGUAUUUGGUGCUCGUGUUGAGUACAAAUGUAAUGAUGGGUACCGGAUGCUAAGUCAAAGACAUGUCCGUGAGUGUCUGGCAGAUGGGUGGAGCAACGAUUUGCCUCACUGUGAAGUGAUAAAGUGUCUGCCAAUAACAGCUCCAGAACAUGGAAGAAUUGUCAUGUCUGGUUCAUAUGAGACGGACCAAGAAUUUUCCUUUGGACAAGCCAUACGAUUUGAAUGUAAUGAAGACUAUAAACUUAAGGGAGAUAGAGAAAUAUAUUGCUCAGCUACUGGUGAUUGGAGUCAGGAGGUACCACAAUGUAUAGAAAUAACAUGCACCCCACCAAUUAUUCUGAAUGGAGGGGUAAUGGUUCCAAGGAGACUUUACAAGGAGAAUGAACGAAUACAAUUUAACUGUGAUAUAGGAUUUAAGUUCAAUGAAAGAUCAGAUGCAGUAUGUACUGAAGAUGGAUGGAGACCAGCCCCAUUAUGUAUAGAAGUUACAUGUGAUCCUCCAAAAGUGGCUGAUGGUAGUUUUGUCCCUUCAAAGACAAUAUACAGAGAAGAGGAUGUAAUCACAGUGGAUUGCAAGCGUGGAUUUCACUUUGACUCAUUCAGUGGGAACACAGCUCAAUGCACCAAGAAUGGCUGGAUACCUGUUCCAAAAUGUGUCUUGCGACCUUGUGACUACCCACAGGUAGAAAAUAUUGAAUUAAGUGGCUAUUAUCAAAGCAACAGAGAACAAGCCUUUCCAGCAAAGAUAGGGUCAUCAACGUACUACAGGUGUGCCAAUGGUUAUGUAACUGCAACUGAGGAAAAUUGGGUUUUAAUCAGAUGUACAAGAGAUGGCUGGGAUCCUGCACCAAAAUGUAUAAAAUUAUGUUCUGUCCCAGAUUUGGAAAAUGGUGGUACCAGCUAUUGGCAUUGGAAAAAAUUCAAAGAAGGUGAAACAAUUUCAUAUUCAUGUCACCGGGGCUAUAUCCCUGAAAAUCAGCAAGACAGGAUUAUGUGCGCUAAGGAUGGCUGGUCGCCUACUCCAAGAUGUAUCUCUGAGCUAACCUGUCCUGUGGAUAAUUUGGAAAAUGGCAGAUUCCACUUAAGUUUUGGGAAAACAUAUCACUUAAAUGACAGAAUUACCUAUUCAUGUAAUUCAGAGAACGACCGUGAGAAUCAGCAACGCACUGUUACAUGCACCAAGAACGGUUGGUGGCCUACUCCAAGGUGUAUCCCUGGCAACAUAUGUAAAAAAGUAGAGAUAAUUCAUGGGUAUUUCACAGAAAAGAAGGACAUAUUUAACUUAAAUGACGAAACAACGUAUAGAUGUGUCAUUGGUUACACAACUCCAGAUGGAAAUGAAACAGGAAAUAUACGGUGCAUUCGUACAGGGUGGAGCCCUUCCCCAGGAUGUAGCAAGACAUGUACAAGACCAAAUUUAGAGAAUAUUCUUCUCAAAACAAGUAAAAAAGUAUUUUCACCUGGAGAUGGUUUGACUUAUGAAUGUGCAGAUGGAUACCAAACUAUACAUAAAAGCACAAGUGGUUACACUACGUGUAGCAAAAAUGGAUGGACUCCAGAGCCUCAGUGUCUUGCAAUAGAAUGUGAAAUGCUGACACUGGCUAAAGGAACGAUUUCCCCUCAGGAGGGUAAAUAUCGUAAUGGAGAUGUGAUAACAUUUUCCUGUGCUAAAAGUUACACCAGAGUAGGACCGGACAGCGCUCAGUGUUACUACUUUGGCUGGUCCCCUGCACCUCCAUUAUGUAAAGAGAAAGUAAGAUUUUGUGAGCAACCACAGGCCGUUCUCAAUGCCAGUAUCAUCAGUGAAAUUCAGGAGCUAUAUGAGCAUGGUACCAUAAUGGAAUACCAAUGUAACUUCAGAUUUAAAAUGAUUGGAUCAAGCAAAAUAGAAUGCAUUGAUGGAAAAUGGUCUCCUUCACCUUCUUGCACUGAGGAGGUAAAAAUCUGUGGACCACCACGUGUUAUUCCUAAUGGGUCUUCUCUCCAUACAAACCAGACUGAGUAUUUUCAUGGGGAUUCAGUGGCAUAUGGAUGUGAAACGAACUUUGAAAUCUGGGGCACUGGGGAAGCAAAAUGUCUUAGCGGAGAAUGGACCCAUUUACCUUUAUGUGCUGAUAAAUCUGCUCAAUGUGCAGUUCCAAAGAGUUCUGAGGCUAUCUACCUUAUGCCAUAUAAACCCAGCUCAGCAGAAAAGAUUAACUUUGGCACAGUUCUAAAAUAUAAGUGCAAAACAGAUGUCAAAAACACUAAGGAAUCCACUUGUGUUUCUGGCAAAUGGUUACCUGAAAUUGAAUGCAAGCCUAAAGAGAUUAAAAAGCAAUGCCCACCUCCACCUCAGGUCCCUGGUGCAUUAAAGGUAACAGAGACGAGAAACUAUGAGAGUGGUGAAGAAAUAGCUUUCCAGUGUUUGGAAAAUUUUGAAGCUUCUCCUAGCACGGACAAAAUCUUAUGUGAAGAUGGGAAAUGGCAGUCACCACCACGCUGUGUUGAAAUAAAUGCAUGUGGGCUACCACCCCCCCUGGAAAAUGGUAAGCUCAGACAAGAGCAUCAGAAUCUAGGAGUGGAGCAAUCAGGACCAGUAACUUACCCAAAUGGCUUUGUAUUAGAGUAUACUUGUCACACUGGCUUUGUGUUAAAAGGAAGAUCAAAGAUUACUUGCAGUAUGGGAACAUGGACUGAAGGCCCAACUUGUGAUGAAAUGCCGUGUGGAAAAGUUCCAAGUGUUCUUCACAGUGUCCAAAGACGUGGAACAAAGAUUCAUUAUAAGGCUGGUGAAACAGUACGUUAUGAAUGCAGACGAGGUUUUAGUAUUCGCGGAGAAGAGAACAUCAUAUGUCAGGCAGGAAACUGGACUAAGCCACCUACAUGUGAAGAUGUAUCAUGUGGACCUCCACCACAAGUUGCCAAUGCUGAUUUUGUAAGCAGUAGACCUCAGAAGCCUCCACCAGGAACCAAAGUGCAGUAUAGAUGUCGCUCACAUUUUCAGCUUGUAGGAUCAAAUGAGGUCACUUGUGAAAACAGACAAUGGUCACAAGCACCAAUAUGCCAAGAUGUAAGAUGCGGACCUCCACCUAAUGUUGCCAAUGCAGAUAUUAUACCUACUGACAAUGAAAUGUAUCCGCCAGGAACCAGAGUGCAGUAUAAAUGUCAUAGAGGCUUCCGGAGUGUGGGAUCAAAUCAGGUCAUUUGUGAAAACAGAGAGUGGUCACAACCGCCCACUUGCCAAGAUGCGACAUGUGGCUCUCCACCUGCUAUUGUUGAUGGCUGGAUUGCAGAUACAAAAAGGGAACGGUAUUUUCCUGGAGAGAUCAUUCGUUAUCGGUGCCAGCAUGGUCAGACCUUAACUGGACCUGCAAGAAUAGUAUGUAAGGAAGGAAACUGGUCACCACCAGGAACACCAGAAUGCAACGAGGCUGCUGGAAGAUGUGGGCCCCCACCUACCAUUGAAAAUGGAGAUACCACUACUUUUCCAUUAUUAUACUAUGAACGAGAUGCAGUAGUGACAUACAAAUGUAAAAAUCUCUAUAUAAUGAAGGGAUCUCAAUAUGCUACAUGCAACUCAGGGCAAUGGACAGAACCUCCAACUUGCAUAGAGCCCUGUACAGCAUCUGAGGAGGAUAUGGCGGAAAACAAUAUUAGACUGAAAUGGGCUUCAGGAGAGAAAUUGUAUUCUCCAUCUGGAGAUGUUAUAGAAUUUGAAUGCAUACCUGGGUAUGUGAGGGAUCCAGCAUCUCCUUCGUUUAGAGUACAGUGCCAGGAGGGGAAAUUGCCAUAUCCUAGAUGUAAGCUCAGAGGGCUAAUUGCUCUUGUCAUCUGAGAUGCUAUGGAGCUGUUUUUUUUAAUAAUCCACAAGUACUUGCUGCAGCUCACAUCUGCUAAGAAGUGCCAUGAUGGCUGAAGUUUCCUGGUCUUCAUUCUUUCCUGAGAAACCUUCUGACGCAUGAACAUUUUGGUUACACCAAUUUGUCUACCACUCCAACAUAGCUGCAGAAGCUGACGGAGGCUGUUGCUGCUGGGUUUGUGCAGACAGUAACUAAUGUCCCCCGCAAAAUUAUUUAUCAUCAUGUUGUCCUGUUUGGAAAACUUCACUUUUUGUGGUAUCUCCUGAUUUAGAUCCUGAUCCAGGUCUUGCUUUACUUUCUUCUGGCCAUCUUGUUUUCUCUGUUCCCUACCAUUAUUACAGUUAUAUUGAUGAACAGGUCCCUAAUAAAUGAGACAAGACACACCUCCAACUCAGCUCAGAUUAAUUCGCCACAGUGCAGAAAAUGUACACUUUUGCUGUGUCUCUCUGAGAGCAAAGCACAAGUUCUUAUUUACACUUUUGCUGGAGAAGUCAGACGCUAGGAAAAUGGGUAAAUGCCAGCAGCAUGUCUUUCAGGGAGCUCCCUCUGUUCUCCAGUAUUUCCUUCUGUAUUUUGUCAGCAUAUAUGUAUGUACUGUUACCUUUAAUAAACAUCUAUGAAUGGCCAGUU